GAGGCCAAGCGCAGCAAGGUCGGGGGCGACGACGACACCGUGGUAGUGAAUUCCGAGCGGAUGCGGUGGGCCGCCCCAGUGCUGGCGUACCUGGCCUCAGGGCCCGCGUGGGAGAGGCUGUUCCCGUGGGACUACCAGCAGUUUGGCAGGCUGGUGCAGGGCGCGGGGGGGCGCUUGGGGAUCGAGGUGGCGCCGCGCCAGGAUCGGCACAGCGGCAUCAGCCUCGACCCGGCGUUCCACCUGAGGGGCCCCCCUGCCGGCGCGUCCGAUCCCGUAGGGGCUACGGCGUACUUCCUGAACCUCCUCUCGGGAGUCGGCGGGGUGGCGCGAGCUGCGCGGCUCUGGAAGUUCGAGACCAGGGAGUAUGACCUCCGUGGGGGUCCGGCAGGUGAUCUUCUGAGAAAGUGCGUGCAGUCUCAGGUUCUGGCCAGCCUGCGCAGAGGGCUGGUCUUGGCCGUCAUGAUGGCCCCGCCGUGCACCUCUUUGUCGAUUGCCCAGAACUCGCCACGCUCGAUCCGAAGCAAGCAGCACCCGCGAGGCCUUCCUAGGCUCCCAGCCGACACGAAGGCAAAG